AUGUCAUUUGGAGGCUUCAAAUUCGGUGGUUCAUCCACCGCCCAACCUGCUGCACCCACAUUAUCACUCACAAACCCAACACCAGGCGCGACACCUUCGACCAGUGCUGCUGCUCCCUUCUCUUUCGGUGCUCCCGCUCAAGCUGCUGCGCCUUCGAAUACAGGAGGCGGCUUGUUCGGCAGUCAAAACCAAGGUCAAAGCCAGCAACAGCAACAAGGACAACCUGGAUCUUCUGCAGGAGAAACAGCAGGGUCACUAUUUGGUGGAUUCGGUGCUAAACCAAAUCCUCCAAGUCAACCUACUGGUGGAAGCCUUUUUGGUGGAUUUGGUGUCAAUACAAACCAGCAACAGCAGCAACAACAACAACCUGGACAAAGUGGUGGAACAGGAUUGUUCGGUUCAACAACUCAGCAACAACAACAACCUAAUUCAGGAAGUGGAUUAUUUGGUUCAACAAAUCAGCAAAAUCAAAAUCAAUCUUCAACAGGUGGAUUAUUUGGAUCUACUUCCCAACAACCUCAGAGUUCUGGUGGAUUGUUCGGGUCAACCCAGCAGCCUCAACAACAACAGCAACAGCAAGGGACAGGUUUAUUCGGUUCAACAAAUCAACCGCAACAACAACCACAACAGCAACAGCAACAGCAACAGCAACAGCAACAACAACCAUCAUCAAUAUUCGGUCAAGCAGGUCAGCCUCAAUCCUCUUCAUUGUUUGGUCAAACUGCCCCCGCACAAAAUCAGCAAUCCACUUUACAGACUUCCGCAAAUGGCCAAGGCAAUAAUGGUGGCAUAAACAAAACUACCAGAUUCGCUGAUUUACCGGAUGGGGUACAGAAAUACAUUGAACAGAUGGACAACGCAAUCAAAUCACAAAAAGCACAAGGAUCAGGGAUGAACAUCGAGGGUCUCGGAAGAGCGAUCUGGCAAACUAGUUUAGACGUGAAAGCAGCAAACGAAGAACACUCUGCAAUUUCUCAUACGCUCAAAUCCCUCUCCACUUCUCUCACUCAACUUCGAGAGCGAAUGAUCAAUGAAGGUCGAGACGUAGAACGCGUCAAAGAGAUCUGGGACGUGUACAGAUCAGCUGAAGGAAGAAUGGGUCAAGUAAGAUUAGGUGCAUACAGGGACUUCCCUCAGGAGUUCUUCGCUAAGAUAGCAGAUCAGAUGGAAGAACGUGUGGGAAGGUAUAAGAAGACGAUUUCUCAAUUGAACCGUGCUAUGGUUUCAUUAUCUUCAGAAACAAAUACACCUUCUCCACAAGCUAUAGCUCAAACCAUACAAAACCAUCAACACGCGAUGCUAGCUUUAGCAGCGUUAUUAGAUGGAUUACAAUUACGUAUGAACGGAUUGAGAUCUGCUUUUGCUGAAGAAUGGAGGGAAAAGACUGGAAGCGUGAGGGAUCCUUUCGAAAUUGCUAGAGAGGAAAAGGCCGUAAAAGCUUAG